AUGGAUUAUCCCCACAUACCGGAUGUCUUCGCGGCUAGGCAACUCGUCGAGGAAAUCUGGAGGGAGAACACAGUGAAUGGCACGAUCACGAAACACAAUUCGCCUGUGGGACGUGUCAUAGAAAAAGCACUCACAGUCUUGUCUCGUCAGCUCUACGACAAGGAGACGCACUUCCUACUCGAGCUGAUUCAGAACGCCGAAGACAACAUCUAUCAUGGCGUGACUCCCAGCCUCAGCUUUACCUACAAGCGAGGCAGUCUGCGCGUUGACUGUAACGAGACUGGCUUCACUGAGAGCAACGUUAGAGCAAUUUGCAAGAUUGGCGAGAGUACCAAGGCUGGCCUUGGCCGAUCUGCCCGAUACGUCGGCGAGAAAGGCAUCGGCUUUAAAUCCGUCUUCAAGAUUGCGAGCGAGGUUUACAUCUCCUCGCGCAGUUUCUCUUUCAAGUUUGAUCAAGCGCAAGCCGUUGGUCUCAUUGCUCCCAUUUGGUCUCCAUUUCCCGAGCCCAUCCGGCCGGGAUAUACAUCAUUUUAUCUCAAGCUUUCUGAGGACUGCGACGAAGACCGGAUUGCCCAUGACAUUCAACAUCUCGACCCCACCAUGCUUUUGUUUCUCAGACGCUUGAGGGAGAUCAAUCUCAACAUUAUGCUUGCCGACGGUCAAAUGUGGACACGGACCCUUCGGCGAAAAGAUACACUAUCCCGGGGCGGCCUCAUCACCCAACUGCAUAGAGGACUCACCAUUUCCGACUACAUUGUCGUGAAGCAUCUCGUUUCUGAUCUCCCUGAAGAUAAGGAUCGAGCUGGGGUUCGGGAAUCUGAGAUAUCACUCGCACUUCCUCCUCUAUAUGAGACAUUUGAAGAUCAUACCUACGCAGUUUACGCCUUCCUCCCAGUUCGCGACUACGGUUUCAAGUUCCUACUUCAAGCUGACUUCCUCCUCACUGCCAACCGAGAAGACGUUCUGGACAACCCAUGGAAUCGUGCUCUUCGUGAAGCCUGUGCCGAUGCAUUCGUUCAGGCCAUCCACCAUUUGAACUCUGGACCUAGACGCUACGCCUGGACCCGUUACAUUCCAGGGCAGCACAUACUCGGAUUUUUUGAGCCACUCAGAGACAUGAUCCUCGACAAACUUUCCCAAGAGCCAAUACUGGAGGCAUGUUCUGGUAGGAUGGUUGCCCCAGCAAUGCUCACCUACGUCCCCUCCCGCUUCAUCGAUAAUGUUGGGUCCCCUCUGACGCUAUCGCCAAACACCAAUGACUCGUACCUGUCUGACUCAUAUCUUGGACUUCCAAGUACUUUAUUGUCCCGCUUAGGCACUCGGACACUUGAUGGCGAGGGCUUCCUUCAGCAUCUGAGCUCGAUCAUCUCGAACAACCCUCAGCUUUUCCGCCAGAAAUCCAGGGCAUGGCAUGAGAAACUAGCCAACGUCUUGCUGAGUCUAUACAAAGAAGAAGGGCAUUCUGAUCUCAUCCAAGGCUUGGAGAUUAUUCCUUUGUCUAACAACGAAUGGGUAUCGGCGGACAUGGGGCCAAGCCAUUUCAGCCAAGAAACCAAGCACCUUAAAAUCCCAGAAACCGUUCCAAUACGCACUGUCAGUGCAUCCAUCGAACACGAUCCCUCAAGAAUCAAUCUACUUCUUCAUCUCGGCGUGAAGCCACGACUGGACGUUGCCGAUGUAUGCUUUCUCAUCAUGAAACUGCAUCGCCAAGCCUCAUUCAAGCCAGGCAUUCUGACACCUGCGCAGCUUGCAGAGCAUAUUGUCUUUAUGUUCAGAGCGUCGUUUCAUCCAUCACCGGGAAUCGACUUGUGGUUCGCCACCGCAGACAAUCAACGUGUCAAGGGAUCGUCAUUAUACAUGCGUGCCAAAUGCAAACCUGGGUCCUUCGAAGACCGGAUUCGAAACCAUGUCGAGACAAAUUAUCCGCUCCUCCACGACGCAUAUGUCGACGCCUUUCAGUUAGACAGGCUACAAGAAGUUACCUGGACCCGAUGGGCUCUGCGAUGUUUCAAUAUUCAGCUAUCAACCUUUCCUAGGAUCUGCACGGGGGCUGCCAAGCGUGGUCGAGCUGGCACUCUCCACCUUUCCGACGAAUUCAGAUCUCUCUUCAAAACCUGUAGCUCGUCUGACAUUCUCGAACUGCUCAGGUUGCGAUGGCGAGAUUACUCACAAGUCAUCGAGGAGGUGUAUACAAUCAAUGGCAAGGACCUGGGAAAUCCCGUGAGAGAUGAGAUUGUGGCAAUGAGCGUCAGAUGCUACACAAACAGAGGAUCCAAGGACGCCUGCUUUCAACGACUGGGGGACACCUUUCUUCCAUCAUUAGACAAGACUGUUGACCAGGGGUCUUGUAUACCGCUGCUGGAUGUCUCUGGCCCCCUGAAACAGUGGGAAUUUCUUAAGAUAUUCCAAGUCUCAGUGCACCGAGACAUCGAGUAUUACUUUCGGUGCCUGCUGGCUUUGAAGAGCUCGGCCAUAGAGCCUUCGAAGGCAACAGUUGUGCACAUUUACGAGCGAAUUCAAGGCGACUACAUGGACAACAAAAAAGUGAUCUGCAAAUGCUUCAUGCAACAGCCCCUAAUAUACACUUCUCUCUGUUCGUCUGGGAGUGAUCCCAAGAUGUGCUGGAUCAGCGGCAAAGAAUGCCUGGAAAAGAACUUGGACAUUGUCAUCGAGUAUGAGAGCAGUGCUACCUUGUUUCGCAAUAUCCUCGGUGCUGGAACAAACGCCGUUGAACGUCGGGUUCAGAGCCUCCGCGCCAUCACAGAGGAAAGCAGUCUGAGCGACAUUCUGACAUCCUUCGUCGAGAUGGACCGAGUUAUCCAGGCUCAGGGUUCUCAAAAGUUCAAAGAUGCCGUUGAGAAGUUGAACAAGGGGUUGCAAAUAUUUCCCAUUUUGAAAGAGAAGAGCGACAACGAGUAUGACGCACUCGCACCUCUCAACCCAGCUUUUCCACCCUGGUUCAUUGCCGAUCGUCAGCACCUGCGCGAUAGCUUUUCUGGAUGCGUCGAUAUUCUUGCCGUAUCCCCCCGCGAUAUUCCUUCCAUUGAGGAAUUGCUGAAGGUCUUGGAUCUUCAGUCGCGGGUCCUCUCCAGAAUCGUCAAGAUCGAAUCCAGGCCGUUGGGCAAGCCGAAACUACACGCACCGUACACGUCGUCUUUGCGGCGUAAAGCCGCGUUUAUUACUGCGUUGAUACCGAAACAGCGACAAGGCCGAGAUGAUCUUGUCGGGGAGUUUUUCCGCGUUGAAGUCAACAUUGCCGCUAAAAUUGUGCAGAAAUACACAUUCAACUACGGGGGUCGCUCGUUCUCGGGUGCUGACGGUCCAGAUUCGGAUGAGUUUUCUGCACUCUACCGCGACGAAUUCCUAGAUGUGAGGGCAACUGACGGGGAGGAUGAGGCGGAAGACGACUCCAAAGACAAGUUCGAGUCGAAAUUCAAACAUAUUCCAGAGAAGUUUUCAGACGAAAUUGACGAACAUGAUCGACGGCUCCCGCUACAGUAUUACCGAACGGUGCUCCGGACGGAACCAGCUCAUGGCCAAUACGCAGCAGAGGUCCUGACAUCAAGGUUUCUACAGCACGAAUUGGGCAAUUUAUACAAGCCAGACGACCAUUGGACCAGCCCUCAGCGCUACAAAGCUGGCUACCGCAGAUUCCCUCACUCAGUUGCGUCCUAUGCCACGUUCACCAUCGCCGACCGUGAGGCGAGCCGUAAGUUCUCAGAUGUUCUAGCUCAGCGCGGUUUCAAGGAAGCAAGCGACUGGGCCUGGGCAGCUAGUGAUCCAACGUAUCAUCUUGACAUGGCCGUUUCAUCAGGGGGGCCAAAAUCAGACUUUUCCUGGACAAGCCAACAGUUUGAGAGAAUGCGCGCUUUUCGGGCAGAUAGGCAACAAAAGGCUAGUUGGAAACUCAAGGAUAUUCACGUCCUAGUUCGCGUCUCAAACGUAUUCAACAGUCCUUCUCUUGAUCUGUUUGUCGACUCGUAG